AUGGAUAUCGGCGCGUUCGGCGAUUACGACUGGUUCUUCAGCUUCCUGCGAUACUCGCGACUGAUCUCGAAAAUCCAAAACCAACUCUUGACCAUCGCUUCGGUGCCAAAGCCCGUAGCUGUUUGCCAUUCAAUGGUCGAUUCAUUGCAGUCCGAGCUGGAGAGCUGGCGGGAAUCCAUUCCUCUUCGCUUUCGCCCGGGGGAGCCCCUUCGAUCACGAGUGCUGGCCGAGGACAGAGCCAUCUCCAUGGCCCUUCGGACCCAUUAUUACUAUCACUAUGCCUACCUGACCCUCACCUGGACCCUGCUGCACUGCAACGAUGAUGGCACCGACCCGGCCCGGCAACUGGGGAUCAAGACAGAGCUGAUGCAGACUGCUCGUAGUGUGCUUGAGCUCACCAGCUACAUUGAAAUCUCACCGUCAACCCCACUGUGGAUUCUAGCCCUGGUACCGCUCUGUGCCCUCAUGAUCCUGUUUGACUUGGUCAUCGACAACCCCAACCACAGCGAAACCAGUCUCAACCUGGCCUUGCUGGACAUUGCUAGCGGCCACUUUAGUCGCAUCGAGUACUCCAGUAAUGGGGCUCUCCCGGGUGGGCUAAUUUCUGAAUUUGCCCACCUUGCUCGGCAAUACGUGUCUGAUAUUCGACACCACAGCGGCAAAGAGCAUCUGGGCGCAUCUUUCUUCAGCCGGACCCAGGGCCCCCAGCCACAGUCAUUUUUCUGUGAGUCUGCAGGAAAUGGGAUGCAGGAGCUACCCAUGUUGCCUGGCCGUGAAGAGACCAACGUAUGCUCGAAGAGCGCAUCAUACCCACCUGCCACGUCUCUGGCACCGGUGCACCAACCAGUGGUGGUAGGGUCUGGGAUUUCUAGCUCGUUGAGUGACAUGACACCAGUCACUACCAGUCAAGAUCAGCCUUUUUUUCCGUCCGUUGAUGGGGAUAUGCAGCACCUGCAAUUUAUUGGCGUUGACUUGAUGGGCCUCUUCGAUCCUACCUAUCCUUUCAUCGGGUUCGAUCACCCUAUAGACGAUCCUUCCGGUCCGGUAUGA